AUGUCCAUUAUACAAGAUGACGUUCAACCACAAGUCGACGACAUCUUCUCCUACAUGUGCUCUUUGGCGGUGGCAAAAUGCGCCAAGAAAUCGGAGAAAAAGAAGGCCUCGUGCGGCGGUGCGGCAAUGCGCAAAAGGUCCGUGUUUUGGGCUGGGGAAACUGUCGUAUUUUAGGCUGGGUCUAGGUUAAAAAAUAUUUUAAGGAAAUCAGAAUAGGUCUAAAAAGCUUUUGUGGCAAUUUUUUUGAAGAAUUUUUUUGAUUUUUGGAUACUUUUUGAUACUUUUCGAUGACCGCCAAAAGUCCAUGUGGCUUGGGAAAUAGUCGUAUUUUAGGCGGGGAAAUGGGUGAAAAAUAUUUUAGAGUGGUUAGAAUGGGUCUAGAAAGCUUGUAUGACGAUUUUUUCGAAGAAUUUUUUUGGAUACUUUUUGAUACUUUUUGAAAUUUUUUCAAAAUUUUCGAAAAAAAAGUUUUGGCAUUCUGUUUCAGCUGCUGUAAACAUAAUUUCUACAAAAAAUCGUAUCUUUUGACCGCUAAUUCGCCGAGAUAUGGACAAAAAAAAUCUUUUUGACCGUCUCUAACGAUUUUCUGGAAAAAUCGUUGAAUAUCUCGGCUGAAAUUGUAAAUUUUGGGCUGAAAUUUUCACAGAUUAAUUUAAGAAGCAUAUAUAUCAUAUGGGGGAAAUUUGAAAAGAAUCUGAAAACUGGUACUUGAAAAAUUUUAGUUUUAAAAUUUUGGGUAGCACUGGGAUUUUUCCGAAAUUUUAUGUCCAAGUUCUCACCCGAAACGCAUCAGACCGGCCUCCGUUUUCAGACUGCUGAUCAAAAAUUUCGUCGCGUUCAUGCUGGAGCAGGAGAAGAACAUGUCCGAGAAGUACGACGACGAAGUGACCCGAGAGCUCCGCAAACAGCUCAAAGGCAAGAUCCCCUCCACGUCGGCGGAGAAGAAAGCCCUCGUCGAAGACGUCCAGGACGACGAUGAAGAGGAGACGGAAGAAGUUGAAGACGAAACUUAUGAAGAGGAGGAAAUGAGAGAGGAAAACGAAGAAGAGACAGAAGAAGAGGAAGAGAGUGAGGAAGAAGAGGAGGAGGAAGAGGAGUACGAAGAAGUUGAGGAUCCAUUGGUACAAGAUUUGAAGUGAGUUUAGAGAAAAAAUGACUUUUUGAGGGGAAAAAAUUAAAAUUUUUUUUUAAAAUUUUUUGGAAAUUCCGUGAAAAAAUUGGUUAAAAAUAAAUAAAAAAUUGCUUUGUGGUGAUUUUAAAAGCUGAAAAAAUGAUUUUUUGAAAGAAAAAAUGGAAAAAAUUAAAAAAUUUUUUUGAAAUUGAAGAAAAAAUGUAAAAAAAUUGCUUUUAUAUAGAUAUUAUACAGUCUUCCUUAAUUUUUCUUAAUUUUUUGGACUAAAAAUAGACUUUUUCCAAAUUUGGAUACUUUUUGAUACUUUUCAAAAUUUUUUUGGAAUUUCGAAAUAAAAUUUUGGCAUUAUGUUUCAACUACUGCAGGCGUAUUCUCUUCAAAAAAUUUAGCUUUUUUCUCAUCAAUUCGCUGAGAAAUUGCAAAAAAAUAAAAAAAAAAAACCGUAAUUUUUUUACCAAAACUCAAAAUCAACGUUUCCAGUGUCCAAUCGUUUGAUGAUUCCCUCCCGUCUGACCUGAACGACUCGCUGGACUCCUCCUUCCUUGCCCCCACCAACCCCAUGUUCAUGUACAGCGAGUGCGAGGACCUGGCGCCGAUGCCGCCGUCCGCCGAGCUGGACGACUGCCUGAGCGACUGCAGCUACGACCCGCUCUUCAACAAGCCCAUGCCGCCCACCUUCACCUCCAACACGCCCAGCAGCGCGGACAUGGUGUCGUCGCCGACGUCCGCGCCUUCCUGGCGCGAGUCCGAACCCGACCUGUACAUGUUGGAGGGGUCGCGCCGCUACUACGACGACUACCACACCGUCCCAGCUCGGGAUUACUCAUUGUAAGCGGAUUUAGAGCUUGUUAGGGCGGGAAUUUUGGGUUCCCAGUUAAAAAAAAUUUUUUUUUUGUUUUGCACUGUGCAAAUUUUUGGGAGUUUUUGAAAUGCACUGUGCGAUUUUCGAGUAAAAAAAACUUGCACUGUGCGAUUUUUAGAGUCAAAAUUUUUCGCACUAUGCAAUUUUUAGUUCCUUAAAUUUUUGCACUGUGCAGUUUUUUGAUCUAGAAUUUUUGCACUGUGCAAUUUUUUUGAUCAAAAAUUUUAGCAAUAUGCUAUUUUCAGAUCUUGAAAAUUUUGCACUGUGCGAUUUUUACAGUCAAAAGUUUUUGCACUGUGCGAUUUUUAGAGCCCAAAAUUUCUGCACUGUGCGAUUUUUAGAGUCAAGAAAUUUUGCACAGUGCGAUUUUUGGAGCCAAAAAUUUUUGCACUGUGCGGUUUUUAGAACCUAAAACUUUUACACUGUGCGUUUUCUAGAACCUGAAAUUUUUGCACAGUUCGAUUUUUGGAGCCAAAAAUUUCUGCACUGUGCAGUUUUGAGCUAUUUUUCAAACCUCAAAUUCCCAAUUUCUAAUCCAUUUUUUCUUGCAGACUGGGCAGCGACGAGAUGCCGUCGACGCACGAGAACCUGUUAUAUCCGGUGUACGAACAAUUCAUGAUCUCGGCCUCGUGCCCGGCCGCCUCGGACUACAGCGUGCCGCAGCCGCUGCCCGAGAACUUCAUGGAGGAGGGGAAUGGCGCGUCGCUGGCCGACACCACUCCCCCCUCCGCGCUGCCCUCCAACCUGAACACCUACUCGGAGCUGCUGAACGUCAGCUCGUGCCCGAUGAUCGGGCAGUUCGAGAAGGAGCCGUGCAAGAAGAGCGAAUCCACCACCGCGUUCGUGGACCUGGUCAAUGUGGUAAGGAUUCGAUUUUUUUUUUGAUUUUUUUUGCACUGUGCGAUUUUUAGAACCUAAAACUUUUGCACUGUGCGAUUUUUCGAGCCAAAAGUCUAUGCACUGUGCGAUUUUUUGAGCCCAAAAUUUCUGCACUGUGCAAUUUUUUCAGCAAAAAAUUUUUGCACUGUGCGAUUUUUUGAGUUAACAAUGUUUGCACUGUGCAAUUUUUAGAGCCAAAAGUCUUUGCACUGUGCGAUUUUUUGAACGAAAAAUUUUUGCACUGUGCGAUUUUUAGAGCCCAAAAUUUCUGCACUGUGCGAUUUUUAGAGCCCAAAAAUUUUGCACUGCGAUUUUUGGAGCCCAAAAUUUUUGCACUGUGCGGUUUUAAGAACUUGAAAAUUUUGCACUGUGCGAUUUUUUGAGCUAAAAAUUUCUGCACUGUGCGAUUUUUAAAACCAAAAAUUUCUGCACUGUGCGAUUUUUAGAACCUAAAAUUUUUGCACUGUGCGAUUUUGUGAGCUAAAAAUUUUUGCACUGUGCGAUUUUUUGAACCUAAAAUUUUUGCACUGUGCGAUUUUUAGAACCUAAAAUUUUUUUGAAAUUUAAUGUAAAGUGCAAUAUUUAUGCUAAAAAUAAUUUUUUUCAAGGGAAAUCCGCUAUAUUACAAGCAAAAAAGCAUCUUUUCUCUGACCGCCCUCCUCAUUUUUUGUACUCUCUCGGGAAAAAAGAAAAGCUUGUAACUUAGCUGGCGGUGCUAGGAAAUAUCUAAAAUUUGGUGUGAUUAAAAUACACCCUAUGUACUGUUACUAUACCAAAUUUGAAAGAAAUCCAACCAUCCUACUUUGAGCACUUCAGCUCUCAAAUUUUCAUCAAGUAUAAUAUAAGAAACCAAAUUUUUCCCUAAUUUCCCUCGAUUUUCAGCGACCCCCGGUCUCCAAAGUCGCCAACUGCGGGAUGGAGGCCUACCUCAGCGAGUCGGCCUCGGUCUACGGCCACUGCAUCACCGACUUGGACACGAACACCACCACAAUGGUGGACUCGGCCAAGUUCGAGCCCUCGGCCCGCAAACGCUCCGCGAUCUACGACUGUUUCGAGGGCGUGGCCAAACGGCUCAAGCUCUAA